AUGGUUGUGCUGCUGCACGUCCUGUUCGAGCACGCGGUCGGCUACGCGCUGCUGGCGCUGAAGGAAGUGGAGGAGAUCAGCCUGCUGCUGCCGCAGGUUGAGGAGUGCGUGCUUAAUCUGGGCAAGUUCCACAACAUCGUUCGUCUAGUGGCCUUUUCUCCUUUUGCCUCAUCCCAAGCUGCCUUGGAAAAUGCCAACGCUGUGUCUGAAGCACGCCUCAUCGCGCAUGCUGGCAGUCUCACUAACCUGGCCAAGUAUCCAGCCUCCACAGUACAGAUCCUUGGGGCUGAAAAGGCCCUGUUCAGAGCUUUGAAGACAAGAGGAAACACUCCCAAAUAUGGACUCAUUUUCCACUCCACCUUCAUUGGCCGAGCAGCUGCUAAGAACAAAAAGCGCUUGAAGAAGGAGAAGAAACGACUGGCUGCCCUUGCACUUGAGGCUUCAGAAAACAAUGGCACUCUUGAAGAUCAGGAAUGUGAGGAAACCGAAGAAAAACCCAAAAAGAAGAAAAAGAAAAAGCCCCAGGAGGCUCCACAGGAGAACGGAAUGGAAGAUCAGUCCAGCUCUGCUCUCCCUAAACCCAAGAAAAAGAAAUCUCUGUCCAAGGAACUGGUCAACAGUGACUUUGAAGAGCCUGUUGAGCCAACUGUAAAUGCAAAAGUCCCAAAGAGGAAGAAAUCUUCCUCCAGAGAGGAACCAGAAGACCCUGAAGAGGUUGCAAACAGCGUCCCAAAGAAAAAGAAGAAGCUUUCUAAGGAGGAGCCCGUCAGCAGUGGACCUGAGGAGGCCGUUGACAAGAGCACUAAGAAAAAGAAAAAAAUCAAAAAAGCACCCCAGGAAGAUUAA